UUCUAGUUCUUCCAUUGCCUUUCUUAAUCUUGUUCUGAUUUCCUGGCCACAGUCUCUGUUCCUAUCAAUGUUUAAUACCAGGCUCAAUGCGUCGGCGACGAGGGACGUGGUGUGAAGCUGCCUCUGUGGGGGAAGAAGAUGGAGCUGCUUUCGGGGUCGUCGUCGUCGUGGGGCCUGAGGGGCGAAAGGGGCGCCCAGAUGGGGCUUCUCCUCCUCCUCCUUCUUCCUGGGGCGGCCUCCUCCUCCUCCUCUGAGGGGGAGAGAGGAGGGAUGUGAGGCCUGGCCUGGGCUCCUACUGCUGGGGAUGCUGCUGCUUCUGGUGCUGCUGGGCUAGGCCUCCCUGCCUGCCUCCUUGCCUCCCCGCCCGCCUCGACAUGAAGAAGACCCGGAGCACCACUCUCAGGCGAGCCUGGCCCAGCUCCGACUUCUCCGACCGGGCUUCGGACCGCAUGAGGUCCCGCAGCGAAAAGGACUACCGCCUCCACAAGCAUUUCCCCCCGGCUUUCCUCUCCCAGGCCUCCCGGGGGUACAUGACUUCAGGUGAUGUAUCACCCAUCAGUAUGUCUCCCAUCAGUCAGUCACAGUUUAUUCCACUUGGGGAAAUCCUUUGUUUGGCCAUCUCUGCAAUGAAUUCAGCACGAAAACAAGUCACACAAGAAGCUCUAAUGGAACAUCUUACAACCUGUUUUCCAGGUGUUCCAACUCCAAGUCCUGAAAUCCUUCGUCACACUUUAAAUAUGCUGGUACGAGAGAGGAAAAUAUACCCAACUCCAGAUGGCUACUUUAUUGUGACCCCACAGACUUAUUUUAUAACACCAUCCCUUAUACGAACUAACAGUAAGUGGUACCAUCUUGAUGAGAGGAUACCUGACAGGUCUCAGUGUACCUCUCCGCAGCAAGGAACUAUAACUCCUUCCACCUCGGGAUGUGUCAGAGACCGAACAUUACCCAAAAACCACUGCGACUCUUGCCAUUGUUGCAGAGAAGACAUGCAUAGCAUGCAUGCCUCGACUCUACAGAGGAAAUCGGCAAAAGACUGUAAGGACUCCUAUUGCCCCCCUUCUCUAUGCCAGGUGCCACCCACUGAAAAAAGUAAAAGUACUGUAAAUUUUUCUUACAAAACAGAGACACUUACAAAGCCUAAAGAUGCAGAAAAGCAGUCUAAAAAAUUUGGGCUAAAACUGUUUCGACUAAGUUUUAAAAAGGAUAAAACAAAACAGUUGGCAAAUUUUUCUGCCCAGUUUCCUCCUGAGGAAUGGCCUUUAAGGGAUGAAGAUACCCCUACCACUAUACCUAGGGAGGUAGAGAUGGAGAUAAUUAGGCGCAUAAACCCAGAUUUGACUGUAGAAAAUGUCAUGAGGCACACUGCACUAAUGAAGAAACUUGAAGAAGAAAAAGCUCAAAGAAGCAAGGCUGGAUCUUCAGUUCACCAUAGUGGGAGAAGCAAAAAGAGUAGAAGUCAUAGGAAGUCUCAUGGAAAAUCUCGGUCACACAGUAAAACUCGAGUCUCUAAAGGAGAUCCUUCAGAGGGUUCCCAUUUGGAUGUACCAGGUGAAAGAGAAUAUGAUUUCUAUGACCCUCUCACAAGGUCUCCACGGGAAGGCUGCUUCAUAAUAGAACACAAAAGGGACAAUUUUAUCAUGCACAGCAGUCCUAAUGUCCUUGAAUCUCACUUUCCCAUGACACCUGAAUGGGAUGUAUCUGGUGAACUAGCCAAAAGGAGAACUGAAAUGCCUUUUCCUGAACCUUCAAGGGGAAGCUCCCAUUCUAAGGUACAUCGAAGCCACAGCCAUACACAGGACCGAAGGUCAAGAAAUGAGAGGUCUAAUAAAGCCAAGGAGCGGUCUCGGUCAAUGGAUAACUCCAAAGGACCUCUGGGUGCUGCUUCUUUAGGAACACCUGAAGACAUAGCUGAAGCUUGCAGCCAAGAUGACCAAACAACCAGCCAAGCAUACAUUGAUGAUAGCACCUUAAGGCCUUCACAAUCUCUCAGUCAUCAAAGGGCUCUGAUGUCAUCUGCAAACUACAAAGAGAUUAUUAAACCUGAGAAAACUGGUAGCAACACAGAAACUCCCUCUCCUUGUAAUCUAUUGGAUCAAAGCAAGCCAGCAGAGAACUUACAACCCUACAGUGAUCUCAACUCCUGUACCACUAAAUCAGCCAUUGAUGAUUACUUUCAGUGUAACACUUCUAGUGAAACUGUACUUACUGCUCCUUCACCUUUAGGAAAAAAUAAAGAUGACCAUGACACAAUGACUUUGACAGAUAGUGUUAAAAAAGUGUCUCCCUCAGAAAGACAGUCACAGCACAUAACCAGGGAACCUGGAGUGCACAAAGAGGAGUCACCUAAAGGGCAAAGCAACAGCAGUGGACCAGUUGUUACUAGCCAAACCCCUGAAGUGAUUGCAAAUGGCCGACUGGUUCAGCACCACAACACAGAAUCCAGUGGCCUUGAUAAGAGGAAAGAAAUAUUUAGUAAAGACACACUUUUUAAGCCUCUCCACAGUACUCUGUCUGUUAACAGUUUUCACAAGCCUAGUGUGCCGCUAUUAAAACCUCAUCAAAAGAUAUCUUCUGACACAUUGCCAAGCAGAUGUGACAAAAUCGAACAAGCUAUGGUAACCUCAGUUACGCAAGUUAUACCUGUUUCCCAGAGACAGCAAGAGACAGCUGGAAACCAAGAAGCAUCAUUUGAUUAUUACAAUGUAUCUGAUGAUGAUGACUCUGAGGAAGGGACAAAUAAGAAUGCUGAAGAAGAGAAGAAUCGGGAUGAUGUGGGCACUAUGCAGUGGCUUCUUGAGCGAGAAAAAGAAAGAGACCUACAAAGGAAGUUUGAGAAGAAUCUCACUCUUCUCACUCCAAAAGAGACUGAAAAUAGCAACAACCAGAGAGCCACACAUUCAGCAAGACUGGACAGCAUGGAUAGCAGCAGCAUCACUGUUGACAGUGGGUUCAAUUCCCCACGUACUCGUGAGAGCUUAGCUUCCAACACUUCAAGCAUUGUGGAAAGCAACAGACGUCAGAAUCCAGCUCUCAGUCCUGCACAUGGUGGUGCAGGUCCAAUGUUCAGCUUCCGAGCAGCUGCUGACCCUCCAACAAGUGAAACUGAAAAACUGCAGAAACCUGCUAAUUGUCUGCAAGCGUCUGUUACAAGUGUUUGAUAGUGCUUCUUCCUCAGAUCUUCUGUCUCAUCCUAUACAGCAAAGUUUACGACACUGGGACCAAUGUUUACGUCUUUGGAAGGAAAAAGAACAGGCAUCUCAACCACACAGUUUUAUAUCUACUUAAACUGUGCUGCUACAUAGGCUAGGGGCAACAAAAAAAUCUUUAUUUCAAGGUAUUGCUUUUUCACAUUUUUCAGCUCUGUAGCAACAGAAUAGCAGUAGGGAUAAUAUGUACACUUUUGCUUCACUUAAUCGUAACUGAGCACAUAUAUGAAAGUCUAGACACUGUAAGUGUAAUCUGCAUUUUCAAUGUCAUGCAGUUGCCAACUUCAUUUUAAAAUGCCACAGAUAUGUGAUGCCCCCUACCACUGAUUAAACUAUUUGCCACAGAGUUGAUUCUUUUCCUUUAUAAACUGAGCCUUUGUUGAAAGUAAACAGCUAAGGGUCACCUUGUGGGGAAACAAUGCCAAACAAGACUAGGAAAGACCUCAGCUCUACCUGUGAAUUAUUUAUACAUCUGUCAUUUUCACUGUGAGUCUUCAUGACAUGAUUUUGCAAGAAUCCAUAGCAAAAGUAAGUCAAAAGAGGUCAUGUUUUAAAGAUAUGGGAAAAAGUGGGGAUAAUAGAUAUGUUAUCUAUUUUACUUUAUUUGAUUUGUUUAAGAAAUAUGAGAUGUUUAUCUAAAACUUAUUUCUUAAUUUCCCCUAGUUGCAAACAGGGAUGUAGGACUUUGAAUUGAGGGAGAGGAAAAAGAAAUCUAACUUUGAUUAAGGAACAUCACUGAGUGACAGAAGGAGUUAUACUAACAGGUUUUGUUAGUAAAAAUAAAGUUGGUGGUCACUUAAAUGCACCACUCCAGUUGUUACCCCCACAUUAUUAUUAAUAUCAAAAUAUUUUUUUCAAUAAAGAUAAAGAGAAAAGCUCUUUGUGAUACAAAUGAAAAAUAACAGCCUGAAGAGUUGAUUUCUUUCUAUGGAAGGACAAAUUAUAUUUCUAUUUUAUGUAGCUUUUAGAGUGCCUAAAUUAGGCUAUUGAAACUAGCAUACACUGUAGAAAACAGAUUUAGAGACAAAUAAACUUCAGGCCUUUUAUUGAAUUAUAUUUCUUUGUGGAUGAACAUUGUAUAGAAAUACUUAGUUUAAACACAAUCAUAUGAAUUGAAAUUAAAUGUAUCCAGAAGGAUCACUAAUAGAAAUUUCUCAUCUGAUCUGAAAGACUGAGAUGGUAAAACAGAUUCAUUGACAAUAUUAAAAUGACUAAAAGCUUUCUAGGUUUUUCAUCAGCAAAGGUUAGUUCAAUAAAAGACAUUUCUUUUGUGAGUCUCACAAAGUUGAAAGCCGAAGUUCUAUAUCCACAGGUUUAUUAUAUCUAAUGUGUAUGUCCUGAAAUGGCUAAUCCAAAGUAAUUUAUUAAUAAAAAGUAUUCUAGAUUAAUGUUUAGAGAGAGCCACAACGUCAAGAGUUAACCUGAAAAACAUAAAGGGCCAAAUUCUGCUGUCAGUUUUUUUAUGCAACCCCAUAUUGCAGAAAAUUUGUUUUCAGAAAGUCAUGAUGGUGGUACAAGUUGAAAUAUGAGAUGAUACUAUAAGAAUAAUCAGAAACAGUGUAAAUUGUUGUAUGCAUUGACAUUUACACUAUUUGUCUUCUGUUGAAAUCCAGGUGAUAUGAUCAAGCAUUCUAUUAAAGUAUUUUCAUCAGGUACUGGUGACAAUUUGUACAACCUGUUCAGGCUUCACUUGUGUUCUCUGUUGUCUUCUGAAGGUGCACUCUUAACUGAAACCAGUUUUAAACAGCUUUCAGGUGCUUAUGAAAUAGCUUUAUAAAUGCUGGGCAGAAUUGGUCUCACUUUACACUUGGGUAGAUUAUUGUAUCACAAAUGCAGUGGUUCUGGUGCAUAUGCAAGGACUCAGAUAUGAAUCCUAGAGUUCUGAACAAGCUGGAGCUGUUGUCUUCCCUUCAGUAUUGGGAAGUAUUCCACAUAUUCCAAUAUUCCAUUGUGCACACUGAGCAUUUUGAGCCCUAUGAAAAUUAGAGUUGCAACUCUUAUACCUAGAACAACCAGUAAAGAAUCUGGUCUCUAUGCUGUAAUUGUUUUGAGCACUAAGAUAGAGAUCAGUGCAUAUAACGGAGAUCAUUAUGCUGCUUGGUUGGUUAGUCAUUUGGCCACUUGCCUUUGAAUCUCUGUUGUAAAAAACCAGAAAUGCAUAGCCUGACCAAUCUUAUUGCUUACAUAUAGAACUCUGGGAAUAUUUAAUACUUGCAAACUCCAGAGUCAUUAGGUUUCAGAGAGGAAUUUGCUAUAAUAUUGCAGUAAUUGUGUGUUCAUUGGGUUUUUUCAUUGAGGCAUGCACUGAUAUUUACAGUAUGUAUCAGUCGACUAAAUAAAAUUGUUGAAGUGGCAUCUAAAUUUACAGUUAAAAGCAAAUAAAUAAAUUCAAAUGCAGUAUUAAAAUAUGGACUGGGGAAAUGCUGCCAUGUAUAUUUUUUUCCUUUGGAUAAUCUGAUACAUUAAAUUGAUUAAAUUAAAUUGAUGCAUCUGGCAGUUACGCACAAGUCAUCAUUCCAAUUUUAUACAAGAAAUUUCUUCAUCACCAUUUUAAAAUUCCCAAAGAGAAGCUUUUAAAAAAAAAAUUCUGUUAUGGCUGGCAUGACUGUUUGCCAAGAAUGAGCUUGAUAUUUUAUUGGCAUCAGUGUGACUCUCAGAACAUGUAAUAUAAAGAAAAAUUACAAAAAAGGAAAUAUUUUGCAUUCUUUUGAAAAGGAAUAUAAGGAAAGCCCAUUUUUGAGAUUAUAAAUAUAUUUACCCACAGGAGUGGAGCUUGACUGUUUUUGUCACAAUUACCCUGUGAUGAAAUCAUGAUAACCUUGUAUUAAUUACAUGGUUGAUCAUCUAUCAUUCUCCUUCUAAUGUAUCAACUGAAAGGUUUACAAACCAGAAUGCGUUGAAUCUCUAUGUUGUGUUCAACUUUAAAGGGUCAACACAAAUCUGUCGGCAUUUUGCACACUUGAUAUGUAUUAUUAUAAUACAACAUGUUACUUUUAUGGUAAAACUUUUUUUACGCAUAUAACUACCUCCAUGAAUUUGAUGAAAUGCAGCAACAUGUUUUUUAAAGGGUAUUAUUAAGAGCAACAUUUAAAACUUUAUGAAGAAAAAGGCCAUGAUGUUCUCUUGUGUGUCGGUGCUUGCGUAUGAAGUCAUUUUUCAUUGCCAUGAUUUCCUGUUACUGUAUUUAAUUGGCUUUUGGCUUUAGUAGUAUGAAGUUUUAUACAAAGUUGUAGAAUCUUUUAGAUAAGCAAAGGGGUUGGGGGGUCAGAAUUGCCCUUUGUCUUUUCAUUUCUACUGCAGUUUCUACCUGGUAGAAAGUCAAGUGUUGCUUGUAAUUUAGAAGCCUGUUAAUAUAUACGGUAUACGGAAUAUGAUUGGCAGUUGGGGCUUAGCAUAAGACACACCAGGCAUUUUUAUUGCCUCCAUUUAAACAUUUUGGGCCCUAUUCUGCUUUGGUUUUUGGCCACAUAUCAUGCCAGAGCUUAGCUAAAAUUGCUAGCAUUAUCUGUCUACAAAUGGGCCACUGAUGUGAUGCGCUCUCCAUUUUCUCGAUCUUAUGCAUCUUGGGGAUUGAACACUUUGAUGCCCAAUAUAUUUCCCCUGUACUGAAAUAAAUAGCAUGAGAUCCUGACAGUAGUGGUAACAAUGACAGAACCAUCGAAUAAGGUGUAGCACUGUUUUUCAUUUGGAUUUUUAAAAAGAGGAGUACAGUCAAGAAGCAUAUAAUGGGAAAGAUUAAGAAGACAGAGUGGCAGGUUCCCUUUCAGACUUGCAGUUUUUAUAGAUGUGGAAGAAAGAGUUUCAGGUUGUUCAGAUAAAUUCAUGGCAUCAUCUCUCAUAUAGGAAAAAUAAGCAGGGCUGAAGGACCAUAUAUACAAUAAGUAUUAUAAGAACUUUAUAAAUUGCUGAAAUAACAUUGGCUUUAUUAUACCUAGGGCUGUGAAUAUUUAGUGCCUGAAAAAUCUAAAAAAUACAGCAAAGUAAUCCAGACUGUGCACCAAAAAGAGUCAUCUUUAGUUAACUGAAUACAUUUUUCCAGCUUUCCUAGCCUUGGAAAAAGAGUAUGGUACAAGAAACUGGAAGCUGCCUAUAAGACCCUACCACUGAUAGUCCUAUGCAGAGCCAUUUUGAAAUCUUCAAAUUUUACUUAGUGCAUUUUUCCUUCUCUCUUUGCAGAGAUUCAGAAGGUGCUGACUCCUGUUGUGCCCGUUGCAGAUUCCACACUUGUGUUGUGCAGUCGUGGAUACAGAUAAUACUUGCAGCCCUAAAAAUAAUAAGAAAAUUAGUAUGAUAUAGAUACAAAAUUAAAAGCUGUUCUUCCCUUAAUAAAUCACCAGCAAUAGCCAUCAACGUGAAUAUGUUUUGGUAUAAAGAACAUUUAAUGACAGAUGGUAAUCUGUUUCACUAAUGUUGUGCCUUUUGCCAGUGGAUCUCAAGUACUUCAUAAAAUUAACUAGUGAAAAUAAACCCUAUUGGGACUUUUUAGAUUCACCAAACUGUCAGAUGCAGAGUUGCUCUGAUGCAACAAACUUAUUUAUUAGCUACAGCACUAUUUUCCAUUAAUAUUAGUUUAAUAAUAAAAGUAAGUUCAGUAUUAACACUUUAGAGUUCAUUUUUAAGCUAUUAAACAAGAAAAAAUAAUUUUGGAGCCUUGGACUCUCUUUUACAAGAAUACCAGCAUGUUUCACUUCAGCAGUAUAACCAUUCCUGCUCAUGGGGGAAAAUGCUAUAAGAUGAAUAGACUUGAAUCUAUUUUUAAAAUAUUUUUUACAAGAGGCAUUUCCUAAUGUGAAAUUGAUAGAUUCAGUACAGUUGAGUCUGCUGUAGUUUAUGCUCCAGUCUGCUUUUACAGAGAAGCAUUUUUAUUAAAUAGAAGUAAUGUAAAAUUCAUUCUGUUAGCUAUUUUAAAAAUGGCCUCCAGCCCUAAUCCUAUUACUAAUUAUACAAAUUCAGAUUAUUUGAUUUGUACCCACUACAACACUUCUAAAGUGUGGAAUGCCUCUCUAUGUGUUAGACAAUCGAGGCACUGUAUUUUUGCCUAAUAGGUGACCAUCAUGGUACCUCUGAGAGCACACACAAAUGGCCUUUGAUCUUACUCUGCUGCAGAUUCACACACUAGGUGCUAUCAUACGAUUUGGGCAAUAGGAUGAACUAAAGGAUAACAAGAUAUCACAGGAUACUGUUUUCUGAUACCAUUCACAAUCUUGUUUUCAUUGGCGCAAAAUCAUAUUUUAUUUAAUUGAAAGUAGCAGGAAAAUAUGUAGUCUCACUGUUUAAAAUGUUUUAUCAUUACCGGUAUAGAUUUAUUAACAUGUCAUGAAAAUGGUCCUUGAUUAGACCACUCAGAUUGAAUGCAUGAAAGUGUUUUUUAAUGUAUUCCAUAAAUGCAGUGUAAGAUACAUAUAGAAGAAUAAUGAGUCAUCUAUGACCCUAAGUACACUAUACAGUAGGCCUUUCUGUCAUAGUGUUGCAGCCUGUCAUGGAUCUGCAAGAAUCAGCGUCAGGUACCUAAUAGGCUGUAGGACAUAGCCACUGACCCAUUUUAAUUCUGGUUAAAAUUCGGAAUAAGCUAGACAAAUCCACUAUUAUGCAUUGUCACAGCCUAAGUGAAAAGUUUACUAUGGUGAAAUCAUGAACCUUUCAUUAUUUCAUCAUUAUGUUUUCAAUGAGUUAACAAAUGCAAAUAUGGUGGCUGCCUCCUCAUCGUGUAACCUAGAAACAAAGGCCAUAUUCACCACUCUGGAGAGGUUUAGUGAAAUAGUAGCAUGUACUGCAGCUUAUGCAGUAAAAUUGUCUUUGCAAAUUGGACAGGGAUAGUUCAUAGUGGGAGGCAGUUUGUUUCAUUUUGCCUGUCUCUGAAGAAUGGCAACUAGGAUUUCCUUUUAUAGGGAGAAGGUGCUUAGAACAUGGUUAAGUACUGAGUGUGUCAUAUUUUUGGACCUGAAAGACUCCCAUCAUAUCAAAUAUAUGAUAUAUAAACACUUAACAGACUUACCAGAGUGCCUCCAUUGUGAGAUGUUCUGGGUUAUAAAAGCUGCCCUUAAAAACAUUAAGUAUGCUACUAUUCUCUCAGUGAGAAACUCACAUGCACACACCCCUUGAUGCAGUACACAGCCAUGCCAAACAUUACUUUGAUUGGAGAUUACAGUGGAUUUUACACAGAAAUUAAAAUAACCAGACACCCACAUGUGAGCGUGAAAGAUCUGAACAGGGCCUGUCAGGUAAUUGGCACAGAUGUUAACUUCUGUACAAACAAGAGACUUAUAUUCAAAGGGAUCAUAUUUCUGCAGGUAACCUUCUGUGAGUGACUGAAUGUGACUGUUGCAUUAGUUUUAAAUGAGUUAAUAAAUGCAAGUGGGACUUACUGUAUGCUAGAAGGGAGUUUUGCAACCAAGACUGCCUUGUAUAAAUGUGUUUGCACUGAAAAAAAAUUAAAAUUACUUGGUCUCUGGUUGCUGUAAAGGUCAUCCAAGCUGGAUGUUCUGUUUAUAUUGUAUAGUAUUUCAUAUGAAAUAAUUACAGUUCAUGAAAUGUCUUCCCUUAACGUUACUGAUUUAUAACAGCACAUUUGUGACAUGGUUUUUAUUGUGUCAGUGUACCAUACUGUAAAUGAUGAUAACUUGUCAUGCUUAGUAUAAUAACUUAAAAGGAAAAAAAGGACAGGGAUUUUUGUAAGUCUAUAUUUGAAAGUCCCUCCAUAUGGUAAUAUUGUGUUCAUGUUGUUUAUGUAGUGUUCUGUGAAAUAUCCAUUUUGGAUUGUGUUACUUUUUAAAAUAUUAAAUAACAUUUGGUUAUA